AUGGGUUCCGUUCCCACGCCUGCACCGUCCUCGGACGUCCUCUGCCAGAUCGUCACGCCCGUCGGCAUGUUCGGCUACGGCUUCGAAAUCGACGAGGUGUACCGCGGGCUGGAGGCGGCGCGGCGCGACCACCCGGGCGUGCCGACGGCGCUCAUCAUGGACAGCGGGUCGACGGACUCGGGCCCGUCGAAGCUGGCCCUGGGCCUCACGACCUGCCCGGAGAGCGCGUACCGCCGCGACCUGCUGGCGUGUCUGCGGAUCGCGCGGCAGUACGGCGUGCCGCUGCUGCUGAGCUCGGCGGGCGGCGACGGCGCGGACGCGCACGUGCGGCUGUUUGGCCGGCUGGUGGCGGAGGCCGUGGACGGGCUCAACGGCGAGGACGGCACCGCGACGACGCUCAAGGUCCUGUCCGUGUACAGCGGCGUGGACAAGGCGCUGGUGCAGGAGCGGCUGGCGGCCGGCGCGGUGGCGGGCUGCGGUCCGUGCGUGCCGGCGCUCUCGGCGGCCGCCGUCGAGGCCACGACCGUCGUCGUCGGCCAGAUGGGCCCGGAGCCGUUUGUGCAGGCCAUGGCGGCGCACCCGGACUUUGACGUCGUGCUCGGCGGGCGCGCCUACGACCCGUCGCCGUACGUGGCCUUUUGCGCCUACCACCAUCUGGGCCCGGCCGCGGCCGCGGCGAAAGCGACAGCGACAGCGACAACAGACGUGUGGGCCAUGGAUGCGUGCGUGCUCGGCGGGUUCACGCACAUGGGCAAGAUCAUGGAGUGCGGCGGCCUCUGCGCGACGCCCAAGAGCAAGGGCUCCAUGGCCACGGUCUACCGCGACGGCAGCUUCGACAUCCACGCGCUGGCCGCCGGUGCCGUGUGCCGGCCCCUGACGGUGGCGGCGCACACGCUCUACGAGAAGACGCGCCCGGACCAGCUGCCCGGGCCGGGCGGCCACUUGGACCUGACGACGGCCCGCUACGCCCAGCGCGACGACGGGGCGUCGGUGCACGUCCAGGGCGCCACGUUUCAUCCGUCGUGGAACAAAGAGGGGGGCGGCGGCGGCGCCUACACGAUCAAGCUGGAGGGCGCGCGCAUCACGGGCUACCGCACCAUCUUCAUGGGCUCGUUCUGCGACCCGAUCCUGCUGGCGCAGCUGCCGGACGUGCUGGCGCAGAUCAAGCAGUACGUCGGCAGGCAGCACGCGCACCUCGACCCCGCGACGUGGCACCUCGACUUCCACGUCUACGACGGCCGGGACCGCGACGGGCAGGAUGCCGGUAGGCCCGCACGUGGCGGGCCCGCGGGGCCUCCACCGGGCGUCGCCUUUCUUGUGGGCGAGGCCCUGGCGCCCACGCAGGCCGACGCCACCAGCAUCGCGUCCGCCGCACGCAUCGGCUGCGUGCACGGGUCGUACCCGGGUCAGAAGGCCAACAGCGGAAACUUUGGCAUGGGCAUCGGCGGCGGGCCGGGCGAGAUCGAGAUGGGCGCGUGUGCCGAGUUUUCCGUGUACCACCUGAUGGACCUGGCCCGGGGCGAGGAGGGCGCCCGGGAGGCCGGCACGGAGGGGGCUGCGCUGUUCCGCUGGGAGGUGGCCUGGGCGGGGCCGGCGGGGGGGACGAGGGUGGCUGACCUGCCCGCGGCCCUUGUGACGGAGGUUGAGGUGAAUGGCCACACCAAUGGGGCGUCGACGACCUCGUCGGCAUCGACCUCGUCAAAGGCGACGACGACUACGACCACCCCCACCACCACCACCGUCGGCGACCUCGCCAAGCUGCUGCGCUCCAAAAACGCCGGGCCCUACGAAAUCACCCUCGACGUCCUCUUUGACGACCGCGCCGUCUACGACAAGGUCAAGGCGUCGGGGGUCCUGGCCCCGGACAAGGUGGCCGCCCUCUAUGGGCUGACCGCCGACCAGCUCGUCUACUGCGCCUUCUUUGACCCGGCGCUCGCCUUCAAGGCCACGCUGCCGCGCAUGCGCAAGGGCCAGCCGGCCGCCUCGGGCGGCUUCAUGGAAAACGACGUCCACGGCUCACAAAAGUACAAGCCGCUGAUGAAUGUGGCGAUUGCGCUGUAG